CUUCCUUUAGGGAGCCCACGGUAGCCUCAGAGUCACUCACUGUCCAGCAUCGCUAGACUCACCAGGAGGUGACAGACCACACUGCACUUUACAAAAGCAACAGACACGAAGUUCUACAGGACAGAGAUACUCAGAGUAAAGAACGGACCAGGAUAGAGUCCUUGAAGGAACUUGAAGAAACAUCUAACAGUCUCAAGGCUGGACGGAUCUUUUUUUAAGGACCCUCUAGGAUUCCAAUUAAUCCACCUGGGAAAGAUAUUUUGACCUCAAAAGCCAGAUCCUUCUGAGGGUACACUUCAGGAACAGCUUGUGUGAACUUCUACAGAACAUUGAAUGGAGGAUCCAAUGUCAGAAAUGUCGAUGGUACAAUUUGUAUCACCAUCAGAGUCUUCCAGGAGCAACUCAGAUGACAGUCAAGAGGGUAAAAGCCCCGCUCCUGGCAAGAUCCUGAACUCGGGACUUCUUUGUAAAGUGUGUUCGGACACCAGCAGUGGGAAACACUACGGGAUAUAUGCUUGCAAUGGUUGCAGUGGCUUUUUCAAGCGCAGUGUGAGGCGCAGACUCAUCUACAGAUGUCAAGCUGGUACAGGCAUGUGUCCUGUGGAUAAAGCCCAUCGGAAUCAGUGCCAGGCUUGUCGCUUAAAGAAAUGCCUUCAAGCUGGCAUGAACAAGGAUGCUGUUCAGAAUGAGCGUCAGCCCCGCAGCACUGCUCAAGUCAGGUUAGACUCACUGGAUGUGGACAAAGACAAGGAGCACCUCGCCACCACCUUGGAGCCCACUUCCUCAUCCACCUGCUCUGUGAUCAACCGCCCACUGCUGGGCUCCUCCAUCAGCUCCAGCAUCAGCUCCACAGAUGCCAUCCACCACUCCAACAGCCCCAAGAACGGACAUCGCUUCAUGGCCAGUCUGAUGACGGCCGAGACCUGCGCCAAGCUAGAACCAGAGGAUGUGGAUGAAAACAUUGACGUGACCAGUAAUGAACCUGAAAGGAGUUCUCCGGAGUACGGCAGUGCUCUCUACCCCUCGCGCGGCCCUGAGAGUGUAUAUGAGACUUCAGCCCGCCUACUCUUCAUGUCUGUUAAAUGGGCCAAGAAUUUGCCAGUGUUUUCCCAUCUACCUUUCAGAGACCAGGUGAUUCUACUUGAGGAAGCAUGGAGUGAGCUGUUUCUACUUUGUGCAAUUCAGUGGUCGCUACCUCUGGACAACUGCCCCCUGCUGUCCCUACCUGACCUCUCACCCCCAGGACAGGGCAAGGGAAGCCCCUCCUCCUCCGACCUGAGGGUCCUUCAAGAAGUGUUUAGCCGCUUCAAGCCCCUGCAAGUGGAUCCAACAGAGUUUGCAUGCUUGAAAGCAAUUGUUUUGUUUAAACCAGAAACACGAGGACUUAAAGACCCAGAACAGGUGGAGAAUCUACAAGAUCAGUCCCAAGUGCUGCUAGCUCAACAUAUCCACACGCUUUACCCCAGUCAAGUCGCCAGGUUCGGCAGACUAUUACUUCUCCUUCCAUCCCUUCACUUUGUGAGUUCAGAAAGAAUCGAGCACCUUUUCUUCCAAAGAACCAUCGGGAACACACCCAUGGAGAAACUGCUGUGUGACAUGUUCAAAAACUGAGGAGCCUUUCUGAAAGACAGUUUGUAGAGGAACAAAAUCCUCUAGACUUCAGGUGCUUUGCUUUACUGUCAUGCUAGUUACAGUACUAUGCCAAUGAAUCUGCCUGAAUAAAAAAAAAAAAAAAAAAAAAACACAAAUGUAUUUAUUAUUUUGCAUAGGUUGCUUAUUUGUUCUCAUUAUGUUUUAUUUUAUGUCUCUUUGUAUCUGUGUUACUGUAGCUUUUAUACUCAUAAUAAUGCUAAUAAGUCUAUGCAUCUUAAUUAUGUGACACAGCCUGGUUAUGUAUAUAAUGCAAAUUGCCUUUCAAGGCCAUUAUAAUUCAAGAUUAUUUAGAAAAUGUUCAAUGAUCAGUUUGAAAUUAAAGUGUGAAAUAAAUUGUUAAUUGGUAAAUGUUUGAAGAUAUGUCUCAUAUUUGUAGGACUUAUAAA